AUACCAUUACCAACAUUCAAAACAUUUAUAAGCAUUAAAAGAAGUGUGUGAAUGUUUAUUUGAUAAGUUUCAUAUUUUACUGAAUCAAAAUAAUAACAUUUUUGAAUUGUGAUGAGUUCUCCAAUCCAGCUUAAGGCAGAUCAAUUUUCAGGUCGCACUUCAGAAUUGAUAGCUAUGGAAAACACUGUCGUGGAGAAGUCUCAGUUUAUCCUUCCCAAUGAUACUGGGGUGGUUCUGCUCGAUUGCAAGACGGCAUUUGAGGGCCUAACGCAGAAGGAACGUCAUUAUGCCUAUCAUCUCUCUCAGGCUUCAUGGUAUGGUGGCCUCAUUGUCCUCAUUCAGACGUCCCCAGAAGCGCCAGGGGUCUUCCUGUUGCUGCAGAAGCUCUUCCGAGCUCAGACCCCAAGUGAACUGGAAGUUAUUGCCAAGGCUCUAGGGAUAUCAGAGGGAGAGUAUCAGGCCCUCCUGAUCUAUGCAGCUGGUUUUUAUGCAAACAUGGGCAACUACAAGUCCUUUGGUGACACAAAGUUUAUCCCAGAUAUCCCCCAGGAUAAAUUUGAGGCGUUGUUAAAGGCGAGUGCGGCAUAUAAAGCUGACCCUGAACAUAUCAUGAAGCUGUGGGAUGCUGUGGGGGUACCCAUGUUCGAGUUGAAUGAGAGGAACAAACAACUUGGACUCGGCAAGAAGGGCAUAACGACUUACUUCUCUUCAAACUGUGUUAUGCAUGAUGCUGACUAUUCUCAAGAGUUCCUGACAUCAAAGGACUUGAGUGCUUACAAUACGCGACUGUUCAAAAAAGUGGACCAUGCGACAGGUCGGAAAACCUAUGAAGUGAAGUUGGCUUCUGCUGAAACCUCUAGUGAGCAGAUUUCUGGAUAUCGAGAUGUGCCUGAGCUUGGUAAAUAUGAAUUUACCCCAAAAGCGCAUGAUGCUAAAGGAAUUACCUAUCAUGUGGAGGUCACCAGAGGAGAUUAUUCAAGUAUUCUCAAAAAAGUGGUGGAAAACUUCAAAGCUGCUAAGGAGUAUGCAGCAAAUGAAGCCCAAUCUAAAAUGCUAGAGUAUUACAUUGAGAGCUUCACAACUGGUUCCAUACCUGCCCACAAGGACGGCUCCAGAUGGUGGAUCAAAGACAAGGGGCCUAUUGUAGAAAACUACAUUGGUUUCAUCGAAUCCUAUCGGGAUCCUUAUGGAACAAGGGGAGAAUUUGAAGGAUUCGUUGCAGUUGUUAACAAAGAAAUGAGCGUCAAGUUCACAGACCUCGUCAAUGACGCUGAGCAUCUUCUCCCAUUGUUGCCGUGGCCAUCGUCCUAUGAAAAAGACACAUUCCAAAGACCUGAUUUCACGUCGUUGGACGUUGUGACAUUCGGCGGCAGCGGCAUCCCAGCUGGAAUCAACAUUCCUAACUAUGAUGACAUCAGACAAGAAGAAGGCUUCAAGAACGUCUCCCUAGGAAACGUUCUGUCGGCAGGCUACAAGGAUACAAAGAUCACAUUCCUUGAGGAGGAGGACAAAGUUCUCUACGCGGACCUGAAGGCCGCAUCAUUUGAGGUUCAAGUCGGUCUUCACGAGUUGCUCGGUCACGGAAGUGGCAAGCAGUUCAAAAAGGAAACAGAUGGACAGUUCAACUUUGAUACGGAAAACGUCCGCCACACAGAAACCGGAGAGAAGAUAACGAGUUGGUACGAGGCAAAGGAAACGUACGAUUCAAAGUUUCCUGUGAUAUCUUCAUCGUAUGAGGAAUGCCGGGCGGAAUGUGUUGGUCUCUAUCUCUGCCUCUCCUCUGAGGUGCUCAGAAUAUUUAGUCACACUGGUAGCAAAGCAGACGACAUCAUCUAUAUCAACUGGUUGAAUAUGGUCAGAGCUGGUCUGCUGGCUUUAGAAUUCUACACACCGGAGAACAUGAAAUGGCGACAGGCUCAUAUGCAAGCCCGAUAUGUGAUCUUGCAAGUCCUUCUUGAAGCUGGUGACGGCCUUGUCACUGUGAAGAAAGUCAUUGGUGAGGAUGAACAGCCAGACCUCAUCAUCAAGUUGGACAGGUCCAAGAUCAACUCAGUUGGAAAACCAGCUAUUGGGAAGUUCUUGACGAAACUACAGGUGUACAAGGCCACAGCUGACUAUGACUCAGCCAAAAAGAUGUACGACCAUUACUCCGAAGUCCAUGAUGAUUCUGAACCCCACUUCCUGACGCUCAGGGCCAUUGUGCUCAAGAGGAAACAGCCGAGAAAAAUGUUCGUGCAGACCAACAUGGUGGUCUCUGGAGAUGGUGACAUCACAUUGAAAGAGUAUGAUUCAAGUGCCUCUGGUCUGAUCCAGUCAUUCAUUGAUCGCUUCUGUUCGCCAGAAGUUGACAACACUUUGGAGGAAUUAUGGGUAGCGGAACGUCCUCACCACACUCCACGCAGGAGAUUAGAAAGUACGCAAUAGGUCAUGAACUUGACAGUACAUGUGGGUUGAUAUCCAAAGUGUUUUUUUCUGAUCGUCACAGAAAAAUAGGAUAUAGCGUGUCCUGAAACCACCCAGUGUGUAUGAAUUUUCAGCUGGUUGGUUAAUAUUCGAGUGGGCCACAAAACAAUUUUAUGAAAGGUCUGUACCAACCUUUGAUAACAAUUUAACAACUAAGAUUACAUGUAACUCUUUCGGUUUAGAGUUUGAAGGCAAAUUCUGCUUAGUGGAACUUCAUUUUCUGGUAUGAGCUGUAGUUUGGUUUGCUGUACUGAAUGUAGAUUGGAACCCCAAAAAUGUUUAUGUGCCUUUGUUUUCGUGCUAAUGACUAAUUGCAAAUAUGUAUGGCAGCUGAAGAGAAGAUUACGGUAACUUAAAAUCACUGUUACAGGUUACUGACCUGGCGUAACUAACAUAACUUGUGCCGAAUUUGAAUAAUUUUAUGUGCUUCACAAUAUGUGCUGUACUAUAUAUUGUAGUUUCUACAUCAGACAUUGGUAAAUGACUUAUUGAAUGAAAUGGAUUAUAUGAUUAUGCCAGAACUACAGGUGUGUAGACAAAUGAUUUUGUUUAUCAGUUUGCGUUCCUGAGCUUUAAAGCUCCCUGGGUCACCUUGGAAAUGGAUGCAGCUGGUUUAUAUCAAGGGGACAGCUUUAUCUCUUUGCAUCCACAUAUUUGGGCCCAAAUCAAAAGUACAAAAUCUUUUUUUUGUCACCCAGUAUCAUCCAUUGUCUUAUUGCUCUUGAUGGUUCACUUCAAUGCAAUGAGUUUCUGGGGUUGAGUUUGGGGUUUUUGAACCUUCUGAAUGAGACUAACUGUGUGAAAUUGUGGAAUAAACGAUGCAGAAAUCAUAA